AUGUUCGGACUUAAAGUUAUUUUUAUUUGGCUGCUAGUCAGUAAAUUGUCAUUUGUUUAUCCUGCGCAAAUAAAGUUCAACAGCUUAGAAUGCGACGGGGAGAGAGUAAAAGGUGCAGAUUGUGAAAAAGGUGAAGUUAGAUUUUCAUCGCAGCAUAAGAGAUCAACAACUGAUGGAUUUCCAGUCAGCUUCGUAGCUUUUGGAAAAGAGAUCAAUUUGUUUUUGACAGAAAGAAAAGGUGCAUUUUUCAGUUCAACUACGCCAGUUUAUAGGCUUUUCAGAGCUGCUGAUGUGACGUACAGAGUAGACGGCAAUAAUGACAUGAAUAAAUUUGCAAACACAAAAAUAUUCGAAGAAGUCUCUCAUUCUGCAUCGGUGACCAUUGAAAUUCUUCCUGAUGGGAAUGGAAAAGUUUACGGAGGAUUCAUCGGUUCAGAAAAUGUACUGUUUGUUUGGAACCUACAGAACCAGUCGUAUCAAUUUUAUAAGUUUAAAGACGAACGUACUACCGAGGAGUAUUUUCUGAAUGAAAAUUACCUAAUGCCUCACACCCAUAGCUCGCCUGACUAUCUUUCUUAUCCGUAUAACUAUUAUCAGAGAUUGCAACAAGAGUCCCGGACCCCAGAAAUUAUCUAUCCAAAAGUACUAGUCGUCGUCGAUUAUCAAUUAUUGAUCGAUGUUGGAGAAGAUAAAAUAUUGAUGUACGUGCUGCACCGCUGGAAUCUAAUUGACAUGGUCUACCGAGGCUUCAGAAGUCCUCAAUUCAAAUUUAACAUCGCGGGAAUUGUUAUACCUACGGGUCCGGAUUCAUUGAAAUAUUUGUCUGAUAGUUCAUUUUACGUCAACGACAUGUUGAAUGUGGACGUAGACAUUUCACUGAAGUUUUUCAAGAAAUGGUUGUUUCACCACAAUCACAUUACCCCCAUCAACAGCUACGAUCUGGCGAUAACAAUGAUAUUGAAAAAAACAGUACCUGAAUAUAAUUCAGAACGGGGACCAAUUAGUGUCAAUGGUGAAGCUUUCAAAGGUGCUGCCUGUGUAACUGAUUACUAUCGCCAGGAAGUACUCAAAGCUGGUGUUGUGGCAGAUGCUGGAGUCUACACGAGUAUCAUCACAGCAGCCCAUGAAGUUGGUCACUUCUUUUGUAAUUGGCAGGUUCAAUCUGAAUUUUUGAUUGAAAUCCCUGAAAGUGGAUUAAGUAAUAUUCAGUAUGAAAUGGGAGUCAUCAAUUUUCCACGACGACAUGCACGUUCUCUGGGAAAUGAGAAUAUUAAUUUACAACUAAAUGCUUACGGUGAAACAAUAAAUUUGAAUCUUCAGAAGAGAUCAAGUUCUCUUUACGGAGCAUCUACUCGUAUUUACAAACUUUCCAAGGAUAACCUACAGUCACUCACUAUGGCUCAAGAUGAGAAACCCGUCGCGUUUCAAAGGACUAUAUACGAAGACCUCGAUCAUUUUGCGUCUCUCACCGUUGAUACUUUCUCCGAUGGAUCAAGGACUAUACGAGUAAAAUUUAGCGCGAAUAUUGGAACUGCAAACUUAACAAUACUCCCAGCUUCAUUGCAACAUGUACAACAACCUUCCAGUAUGUUGAACUUUGGAAACGGUCUGUCCAAUCAAUACAUAUAUUAUCGAUCUAAUAAUUUAAUGACUGGGUACAAUGAUGCUGUAAUACCAUGGAAUAUGGUACCAGCAGCACCACAGCAAAAUAAUAGAGUGGUUGAAGUGCCAGAUACUCUGUACCUAGAAGUUCUAAUCAUAGUUGACUACCCACUGUUAAAUAAAAUCGGACAAGCUAACAUCAUAAAUUAUCUUCUAACCUUCUGGAACCAAGUCGAUAUACUGUAUCGAGCGUUAAAUCGACCGCUCUACAAAAUAAAUAUUGCCGGAAUUGUGCUACCUAAGGACGGAGAAGUCCUUGAAUAUUUCUACAAGGAUCCUAUCUAUGGGUGGAUUUCCCGAAGCCUCGAAUUCAAAGAUUUUCUUUCUAACAACGCUAAGUGGUUAUAUAAAAACCAAGAAAUUUUUCCUUUAGACAGUUAUGAUCUUGCAAUUACAAUGACAUCACGAGAACAACGUACCAAAUGGACAUCGUCGGGAUACAGAAGUAGUGCUGGUAUCUCAUAUAUCGGGCAAGUAUGUCAGGUCAAUCACUAUUACAGAACAAGGGAAAAUAACGCUAUAGUUUUCGACGACGGAUAUUUUGCCGGUGUUCCGGUAGCUGCUCAUGAAAUCGGACAUUUACUUGGCGCUCAACAUGAUAAUAGGUACCCUUGCAGCGACAGAGACGGAUUCAUAAUGGCAUCUGUUCUUAGUAAAAGUUCAAAUCGAUUCAAAUGGUCACCAUGUUCAAUAAGUGAUUUUAAAUCAUUUUUGAGUACGGAUCCAAAAUGUUUGUACAACAAGCCAAAUCUCUAA